AGGUUUCAAAAACUGACCCGUGACCAACCCAGCGUGACCGAUGGCGAUUCGCGCUGGACGAUAGCAUCAGAGUUGAGCAACUUUCCCUUUUUCUUCCAAAGAUCCUAUUUACCUUCUUUUCUUAAUUUUCUGUCUCCAAGGGCUUUCGCAUAUUUUCCACAAUCUUUAACUCGUGCGGUCGCCUUUUCUCUGCUAAUCUGAAGAUAUGGGGAUGAAAGGGUACGGACACCUGUUGGUUGUUUUGGUGGCAUUGUGCAUUACUGCAGGAAGAUGUGGCGACCAUCCAGACGGUCAAAGCAGCGUAUCCAGAGAACAAGAUGCUCUAGGAAAUUAUCGUUUCAGCUACAGUGUCGCCAAUGAUGAAGGUGAACAAUUUCGAAGUGAAGGAACAGAUGCACUGGGAAGAGUGGUGGGAUCCUACGGCCUGAAGCACAUCGACGGUACACACAGAGUCGUGGAAUAUGUAGCUGACAAAGACGGAUUUCGAGCUGAGGUUAAGUCCAAUGAGCCUGGCAUCGUCAGCGCUGAAGCAGCGGAUGCUUCCAUCGUCAAGACGGAUGAACACGUCCACCCCUUGCACGUGGCGGCGAGUACAGAUGACGAAUCCAGAGAAACGUUUGGCAAGAGACUGAAGCCCCUGGACACCUCUAGAGUUUCUUAUGUCUCUGAAAGCGACUCCAGCGACCAGGCAACUAGAGAACAAAGAAAUUUUGACGAUUAUAGACCUUUGAGUCCCGUUGCUUAUUAUCCUGGGCAAGCUCCCAAUCCAGUUCUACAAUCAAGUCGUCCAGUGGACAUACCGCGUUCCCCAAGGGUUCUAGCACAAAGGCCAGAAUCAGAUGUUAGAUCAUCAGAAGUUUACUAUCCUCCAAUAGAUCCUCAUACUGCUAUAAGAAGGCCUGGUUACUUUUUAAAUCGAGACAGAGAUGACGAUAAAGACUUCCGCUUGAGUACUACUUCAAGACGUCCAUAUAUUCCUCCUUAUGGCGGAUUCGAUGACGAUCCAUUGCCAGAAGUGAGACGUCCUGGAAUCACUGUGAAUUCUAAUGUAGGUAGAGCUGCGCCGGCGACAUCACCAACACCACAUUUCAGCACUGGACGAUUACCUCCUGUGGCCAGAGUUCCAAUCCAGCGAGACUUUUCUUUACCUCGCUUUCCACCAAAUUCUGGAUUUCCAAGCAGUAGUUUGCCACAUCCUCCGAGUAGUGGAAGUGUGUUCCCUUCUUAUCCCAAUCAAGGUAUACCCCCUAGUGUUCUAUUCCACCCACCGUCUUACAACAAUGGUGCAGGAUCUCCAAAUUUCGUGCUACGAGCUGUUCCUAUUCCCAACGGAGUACAAGCUGUCAGAGUGGAUCCUACCACAGGACACAUUUAUGAGAGGCUAGUUUAUCCUUUGUUUUUGAGGGAUGAGCAUCCAGUUUAUGACAGAAAUAUUCUACUUCACAAUGACGAUGUCGAUGAUGAGGAUGAAUCACGAAAUGACAGCGAUGGUGGUUAUUAUGACAUGCCAAUGCUUGGUAGGCCUUUUAGAAGCGCCAGAAAUCAACCCGGUGAAAGCAGAGAUCGAACCAGGCGACCUAAUGCUACUGACAACUUUGAAGAGAAAACUUUGAGUUAUCCAACUGCCAAGGACAUGGCCUGGAUCGAACACCAGUUAUCUAUGGUUGAAGGAUUUGACAGAAGUCCUGUAAACAACAGGAUAGUUCCCAGUAGCUUGCCUUACCACGAUUCCAGUUAUCAAGAAGAUGAUGACUUCGAUAGCGACCAUCCGCAGUACGGACGAACCAAUCCUAGCUCAAGACUCAGAUCUUUGUCCAAUCCUCAAGAAUUUGAUUAUGCAAUAAGAGAUGGAUUUUCGAGAAAUCCUAGGCAUAAUGAUGGACUUUCGGUGGAAGAUUCAAAAGAGGAGCCUUCCUUGAAGGAGGCAGAAAGUUCCGCGGAGACAAAACAGGUGAAAACCGAAGGAUCCAAGUCAGAUAUCGAAAAGGAAGGGAACUAAUAAAAACCAACUUGAGAAUUUCGGUCAUUCCUGAACGAAUUCUUAUUGGCUUGAAACUGCUUGCAAUUGAUGGUGAAAAAUGUAUUCCCAGAAAGGCUUAGCUUGGAUUUCGUUUUGAAUUCGGAUAUGUAAGGCUGAAAUUAAAAAGAUCAAGGAUUGAAAUGUUUUAGUUUUUCGUGCUUCCAAGAAAGAUUGCAAACAAGCCAUAGUAUUAUUUCAUUGUGUCAUUUUGGAUCUAAUAAUUUAUCAACUAAUGUUAGACAUUUUUCAUGCAUGAGCUUAACAAUAAAUAGUUUUAUGUGUUGUACAUUCA